AUGUCUAAAAUUUCGGUUGACGUUAAUAAAGCUGUCGGGCAUAGAUUUCCGCCGCAAAAGGUUUCGUAUAAUAAACGAGAUCUUAUUUUAUAUGCUUUAUCAAUUGGAAUUAAAGAUGAUGAAUUAAAUUACCUUUAUGAAUUAGAUAAGAACUUUACACCAUUUCCAACCUAUCCGGUUGUAUUAGAAUUAAAAGGAGAUUCGUCCGAUGUAAAUUUAUUCGCAGAAUCCGUGAAUUCUGGUGGCCCAAUACCAGGAUUACCGGAAUUGGACCCAAAAAACAUGAUUCAUGGAGAACAAACUAUUGAAAUUUUAAAUCCAUUACCAACAUCUGGUGAAUUUGAAAUACAUGGUAAAGUCAAUGGGGUAUAUGAUAAAGGAAGUGGAAUGUUAUUAGAACGGGUAAACACUAUGAUCGAUCCAAAAACUGGUAAAGAAUAUUGCGUUAUGACAGUCCAAUCUUUUAUUAUUGGUUACGGCGGGUUUGGAGGUCCAAAAGGUCAAAAGGGUCCAAGUUAUCAACCACCCAAGGGUAAAAAACCUGAUGCCAUUGACGCUUCUCCAACUGGUUCAAAUCAAGCUUUAUUAUAUCGAUUAUCUGGUGAUUAUAAUCCACUUCAUGCAGAUCCAACAAUUGCGCCAAAAGUAGGCUUUGAAAGACCUAUAUUGCAUGGAUUAUGUUCAUUUGGAUUUGCGGCGCAUGCGAUCGUUAAACAUCUUGCAAAUAACGAUUCCAAAUUAUUUAAAAGUAUUUCCGUGAGAUUUACCUCCCCCGUCUACCCUGGUGAUACCUUGGAAACAUACAUGUGGAAAGUACCUGGCGACAACCCGAAUGAAACCAAUGUCAUCUUUAAUACUAAAGCUAAGGAAAGAGAUGUAAUCGUUUUAGCUAAUGGUUUGGCUGUAUUAAAAAAUGUAGGAGGUGUAGCAAAGUUGUGA